GAGUCAUCAGAGACAAUUGCUUCUGCGACCCUACAAUCAACAACAUUAGUGAAUUGGCAAAGUACCCAGUAUCCUUACCUUUCAAUCCUCGUUUUAUCCAACAAUAAUUGGCGGGAAGCUCCAUUCAUUAUCCAAAAGCUUAGGCUCGUUUGUUAUAGCAACAAAGGUACGCGUCCUGAGGUUCUUCAGCAGCACUGUUUUCCUUGUGCUCCCUCGACUCUUCCCGCUAACUCAUGUCGCCUUCGAGGAUCAAGAUUUCACUAUAAAUAGCUCAUUAUGAGCCCAGAUCAGUACACUACCUCUACUGGAAACACCAUGGUGACACAACCCUUCUGGGACCUUGGCGAAGAACGGGAGGUCGUGGUUGUCCCCGAAAAUCCGAGGCCAAUAAUGGACACCCAGGAUCUGAUCCCCGAGGACGAGAUGGAUGCAAUCCAUGGCCGGCUCAACGAGCGGGGCGAUGCUGUGCAUGAAGCGCCGGAUGGGACCCCCGUGGCUGUGAAGAUCUACCUGCCGGCCAUAAUCGUGGUAUUUUUUGGGCCCCAGCCCUCACCGCACGUCGCUGCCGUGAUAAAGCUACUAGAGACCCGCGCCGUCGUCUUUCGCGCGGAGAGCAUCGACAACCUGGUGGCGCUGGUCGAGGCCGCCAGGGACAAUAUCCACGGGAUAAUCCUGGCCGACCCACAGCUCAUGACGACCUACGGCGACGCUUGGAAGACCAUCAAGGAGCUCGCCAGCACCCGCAAGUACGGGUGGCCGUUCAUCCUCGCCGGCAGCGCGAUUUGGGGCGCCGCGCGCUACCCCCUCAACUGCGCCGGCUAUAUCCGCGACGCGUUCGGGGUGCGCUGGCGGGUGAACCGCCAGACUCCCACCGCCAGAGCGGAGCGCAAGCAAGUUCUGAUCCGAGGACGUCCGGGGGAGACCGCUGAGCACGCCGCGGUGUGGCUGACCGAUAUACCCAAGGCCGAUCAGAUUGCCAUCGGGGCCAUGAGCCCGAAUGACCCCCAGGUGAACUCGUACUUGCUCACACCGACGUACACCGCGACCUCGGUGAUGCUGCACUCGGAGAAAAAGAGGGAGAGUGAAAUGCCCGUGCCCCUGGUCGGCUGGAUCGGCAUCGUCAACAACCCCGAGGAGGAGGCCAAAUGGAUUCUGCGGCUGUGUCAGCUGGAGUACGGGUUCACGACCAGUCCUCCGCGCCGCUGGCCCGACUAUACCGUUUCCUUCGAGCCAAGUGAUGAUAUCGUGCCGGUGGAGUCGUCCAAUGCGGAGACCGAAGCCUAGCAAGGAUUUUCACUGAUCACUG